AUGCGGGAAGCGAAGUUCGAGUCCGACGUCAUCUUCAGCUACAACGCUGGGAUCAGCGCGUGCGAGAAGGGUGAGCAGUGGCAGCAGGCUUUGGCGCUGCUGAGCGAGAUGCGGGAGUGUAGGUGGCAUGGGGCAGGUGGUCAGUGCCUGCAUACGACGGCCUCGGGCGCACCGGUGCGCCGGGCGGCCCGCCUCGUCACGAAGGACCCGGAGCCAGAGCGGAAGCUCGUGGACGCGUGCUACGUCGCCGAGGGCCACAAAGCGGUCCUGCCGGGCGCCCUCGACCUGGCCGAGCUCCCCCUCCAAGAGUACGGGGCGGACUACGUCUGCGAGUCUACCGGCGCGUUCCUGGCCGACCCAAGGUGCGAGAGUACGGAGCACGCCGAGGAGCGUCGGGCGAUCAAGGAGAAUUGGAGGGCGGCUGUUGUCGCUGUGGAGAUGGCGUCGACCCUGCGGAACCACGUGCUUCCAUGCGUGACAUUUGGUUUCAUCGGCGCGCGGUCAUCGGAUAUGUGGUGGCUGGGCGUGUCGGUGGAUGAGCGCGGCGUCGCCUCGCUGGUGAACCACGCGAGCUCUGGCGCGUCAGACCUGAAGGACGACGAGGGAUCGGACAGCGAGAGCGCCGUGCCCUCGGGUUCUCCCUUCGCGUGCCGCGGCACGAGCGCCGUGGACUCCGACACCCGGCUGGGCACCGCGGCCUCCAGCUCGACGAGCCGGCUGGAGGUGUCGCUGGACGACCGCGGCAUCGCUUCCGUGAUAAGCGCGGGCUCGUCGAGCGAGCCCUCCCAGGACGCCGCCGGGCCACAGACGCUGUCCGGCAGGUGCCCGAGGGGGCCGCCCUCCGCCGCAUUGGCCUUGCCCGCCGCGGCGGCCCUCGCAGCGGCGGUCGCGCCGCAGGGCUCCGAGGUGCCAGCGCCGCGGAGGGUCGGCAGCAGCAGCGGGGCCAGCAACCACAGCGGGUGCCGCGCGGACGCCGAGUCGCUGGACUCGUCGAAGAUUUCGAGCAUGAGAGAUUCCACGAUCACCCUGAGUGAUCCGGCGGCCAACGGGCCCACGAAGACGAUCAUAGGGCGCUCGGCGAUGUGCGAGAGGAUAGCCAUAUCCACCUUCGCGCAGUGCCCGUGCGACGAGGACGGGGGACUCCUGAGCCUCGGCGCGGCCAUGCACUCGACCGGGGAGUGCACCCCGUGCAAGUUCGUCCGCUCCCGGCGGGGCUGCAAGGAUGGAGUCUUAUGCAAGCUCUGCCACGCAUCGCACGACGAGCUGACCAGGUCGGGCAUCCGGCGCGUGGCGCGGCGCAAGGGCCUCCAGAAGAGGGCCCUCUUCGAUCAGCCGAUGGGUGUCAGCCAGGGUCUGGGCGACCUUGUGAAGAACACCUUCGUGCACGUUCCCCAUCCAUCGGAGGUUGCCCCGACCACGCUGACUCGGUCUCGCUCCAGCGGGGGACUUGGCCAUGUCGAUGGAGGCGGACCAGUCGCCUCCGCACGAGAAUGGCUGGACACGGAAGAUACUGGAUUUGAUGAGUAG